AACGCACCACUAGCUUCAGUCCUCGCAAUGACUUCGUACGAUGCGGAACGUCGCGUGUGGAGCGGUCCUCGUGUGGAACCGCUAUUCGAUCCCGGUCGGAGUGCUGGCGAUGUGGUAAUGGAGCUGUUGCGCCGUGAUCCGGAGAAACCGGUUCUGAUCGAUGCCGACAGUGGACAGGUGCUGAGCCGAGAGGAAGUCCGCCUUCGAGCCGUGCGGAUUGCGCAAAAUUUGAGCGCAAAGUUCGGGUUGUUGGGUGGCAACGCUGAUGAAAUUGUAACGAUCGCUGCUCUAGGGAGUGAGAAUUUGAUUCCGCUGACGGUGGCACUUCAAUGUUUGGCUGUGCCGUACAAUGCACUCUAUCCUCAUUAUACUGAAGGAGAAAUGGUUCACAUGAUGAAGCAAACACAGUCGCGGUUGAUCUUUUGCGAUGGUUUGAAUUAUCCGUUGGUGAUGGAAGCCGCGAAGAAAUCCAUCAACGGGAAUUUUGUCAUAUUUUUAUUGCAUGGCUCGGUCGAAGGAGUGCGAUCGGUAGCGGAGCUUUUAGAAGGAACAGGUGUUGAAGAUGAAUUUGAACCAGUAAAAGUAGAAGACACCACGAAAGCAAUUUGGUGUAUAUUAUGCUCAUCUGGUACUACAGGUCAACCGAAGGGGAUUUGUUUGUCGCAUGCCAACAGGACGUCUGUAUUUGUUUCCGAGAUCUUCUCCAACCUUACAAUUUUGGCACUGGGAUCAAUUCACUGGGUCAGUGUCGCCUACAGUUACGAUUUGGCCUUGAUCUACAGCGGCGUGGUAGUAUUCACCCGAAAGCCAUUCUCCGCGGAUCUCGUUCUCGACCUACUGGAGAAAUACCGGAUCAAUGCCCUCAACUGCCAGCCACUGUAUGCCAAUGCCGUUGCACAGCACCCGCGAGCCAAAACGGCUGAUUUAUCCUCCUUGAAACUGUGGGGCAUCGGUGGAUAUUUUGUGUCCGACAGUGUUCGCGAUGCCGUGGAUGCCAUUCUUCCCCAUGGGAAAUCGUACACGAUCUACGCCUCGACGGAGUGCGGCCUGAUUGCUUCGGAUUUGCUCCGGCGGAAGCGUGGAGCUGUGGGAACCGUGUUUCCGUCUAUGCAGAUACGGAUUGUUGAUGACGAUGGCGUUUCCCUUGGAGUUGGGGAGAGUGGAGAACUUCUGCUCAGACGGGCGAUACCAUUUGCGGGUUACUUCAAAAAUGAGGAAGCUACCAGAGCUGCAUUCGACGAGGACGGUUGGUUCCGAUCCGGUGAUACGGGAUACUUUGACAAAGACGGAUUUUUACAUCUCGGCGAUCGAAAGAGUGAAGGAUUCAAAUAUAUCGAUCAUGUACCACCGACGUUCCUGGAGGAAAUAAUUGCGCAAGUGGAUGGAGUCGAGCAAGUUUGUGUGAUUGGGUUGCCAUUGGAGGACAAAAGUGGAGAACUGCCAACGGCGGUUGUCGUUAGGAGUGAAGAGCACCAGGUAUCUGGAGAGACGAUUGCGGAUUACGUGGCAUCACGAGUGAGAGACCACAUGAAGCUGCGAGGAGGGGUCCAUUUCGUUAAUGAUCUUCCAUUGACGAGUAAGGGCAAUGUUAAACGAAAGGAAGUGAAAAGAAUGAUUUUGGAUAAAUGUGAGGAACUUAAUUGAAUACUUAAGGGGCUGUAGUAUUUGCUUUGUUAUACGUUUCUCUUACGGACACUUCAAUAUCACAAUUCCAUCAACACCCUGUACAAGAUUGGUAUUCAGAACUGCAAGUCAUCAUAAACUAACCUCAUUGUUGAUACUUCCUUUUAACCCGACAACCUCCCAGACCUGUGACAAACCACACCCCAGGAAGCCAGACGAUAAAGUUACAAUUCAAUUAACAGGAAAGUGAAAAACUUUAAUUGAAAGCUUCACUCAAAUCCCUUCUGCUAUGGUGCCGGUCCAUCUCGGAGGUUGGCCCCUGUUGGUUCGUCAUCCUUAUGGGUUUGCUCCGGAAACCGACCCGGAGAUUUAUGUCUUUCCAAUGACGAAGCAUAUUUCUCGCUACACACGAGAUCUUGAGAUCCAAACCCCGAACCAAAUAAUGCCAUUAGAGGUUUGCCGUAUGUCGAACACUUCCCUUUGGGAUUAAACCGAGGACGACGACAACGACCAGGACACGCUCUUCCUCAAUAUUAGAAUCUGGCCAUAAUUCACCCGCCCGCAAAUGGGGUACUUAAAAUUAUCAGACACCCCUUCGCCACAUGUGGAUAGCUGGUGGUACAUGGAGCGGUCGGUGGGGAUUAACGGCGGGGCUGGGGAUGAUCCGCAAUUCAGUUUUUCACUCAUCAUAAAACAUAAUACCUACCAUCAUCAUCAUCAUCAUCACCAUCCACCCGAUCCCCGCGUCGAUUCGACUGAGAGUGGUGGUUGAGGAGGCGCUGAAGCGUGCAACGGUUGCAAUUUUCAGGUUGCAACAACUUUUCCACGCCCAGGCACCCAGGAGAGAGAGACUGGGAGGUAAUAAAAUUUAAUAACCCGCCGUUAAACAGUUUAUAAUCGUAAACAAGAACAUACAUCCAUAAUGCAUAAAUAUUGAUGGCUGAAUAAAUUAUGCAUGGCUUCGGAUUCCGGGAGGAAUCCCAUGGCAUGGAAAAACAUCACGGCUUGUUUGUAAUGGAAUUUGCUUAUCGGGAAUUUGGAUGUUUUAAUGGGCUUGGAUUGGUCGAAUCGAUUGAUGCAGAAAUGGAGCUUCCUACAGGGGAUACUCAAAAUAACUGGGACAGGUAAAAUUUUCACUUUUCAAAAAAUGUUCAACUCGGUGUAACUUUUCGAAAAGGGCAACAAAUAUUCUCAAAUUUUUACUGUAAGUUCAUCAACUAGUUGUGUAUUAGUGGACAAAAUUUGGAAAAGAUCGGGCCAUUCUACACAAAGUUAUAAAGAUUCUAGAAAAACGUAUAAUUAUACGAUAGCCAACUUUGAGCUGUUAUAUCUCCGGAUUCAAUGA